AUGCUCUCGUUGCAGGUGUCAUGUCUCUGCGGCUCCGCGCCAUGCCUGCUCUGCGGCUGCUGCCCCUCGGCCAAGAACUCCACUGUCUCCCGCCUCCUCUUCACCUUCUUCCUCUUCCUCGGCACCCUCGUGUCCAUCAUUAUGAUAAUCCCCGGCGUGGAGAAGGAGCUGCACAAGCUCGCCGGCUUCUGUGAAGGCAGCGGGUCGGUCCUGGGGGUCCAGACCCACAUCGACUGCGGCAGCUUCCUGGGCCACAAAGCCGUGUACCGCAUGGGCUUCGCCAUGGCCGCCUUCUUCUUCCUCUUCGCCGUGAUCAUGGUGUGCGUGCGCAGCAGCAAGGACCCGCGAGCUGCCGUGCAGAACGGCUUCUGGUUCUUCAAGUUCCUGGUGCUGGUGGGGAUCACGGUGGGGGCCUUCUACAUCCCCGACGGUGCCUUCUCCACAGUCUGGUUUUACUUUGGUGUGGUCGGCUCCUUCCUCUUCAUCCUCAUCCAGCUCGUCCUCCUCAUCGACUUCGCCCACUCCUGGAGCCAGCUGUGGCUGCGCAACGCGGGCGAGAGCAGCGCCAAGGGCUGGUACGCAGCCCUUUGCAUCGUCACCUUCAUCUUCUACGCCACCUCCAUUGCGGCCAUAGUGCUGCUCUACGUCUACUACACCAAGCCCGAGGGCUGCACGGAGGGCAAGGUCCUCAUCAGCAUCAACCUCAUCCUCUGCCUCAUCGUCUCUGCCGUCUCCAUCCUGCCCAAGAUCCAG